UAUGUACAUGCAUUGUAAAGCUUUAUAGAGCAUACAAGAACACUUCGUAUUGUGAACGAAAACUGUUGACCAUUCGUUAAGCCGCUUCUCAGCUCCCCCUUAUCCAUUUUUGUUAAUCACGCGAAGCCGUUUUCUUCAACCAUGGAAGAUGACAAGAACGAUUACAAUCCCGAGGAGGAAGUCACAACUGGAAAUUGGAACACCCCCAAGAUUGAACUGAAAGAAGUAGAAAUAAAGACGGGCGAAGAAGAUGAAAGCCUGUUCUGGUCAGGGAGGUCGAAAUUGUACAGGUGGGUAGAUGGCGAGUGGAAGGAACGAGGACUUGGGGAAUCCAAACUGUUGUUACACAAGAAAAAAGGAAUUAUCAGGUUUCUUCUAAGACAAGAGAAAACACUGAAGGUUGUGGCAAACCAUUAUAUCUACCCCAAUAAGUCCUACUGCAAACUCGUGCCCAAUGCAGGAAGUGAAAAAAUCUACGCUUGGACAGUGAAAGAUUUUGCAGAGGAACCCAAAAUUGAGCAGUUCGCCUUAAAAUUCAACACGGCGGAGGCAGCCAAGCUAUUCAAGCAGAAGUUUGAUGAGGCGGGCCAAGUGAAUUUGAAGCUGCUCGAUGAUAACGGGCAGCUGAAGGUGAAGGUCGCUGAGGAAAAGAAAGAGGAUAAAAAGGAAGAGAAAAAGGAGGAUGAAAAAGAAGAUAAAAAGGAAAAGAAAGAGGAAGAAAAGAAGGAGGAGAAAAAGGAAGAGAAGAAGGAGGAGGACAAGAAAGAGGAAAAGAAGGAAGAAGACAAGAAGGAGGAUAAGAAGGAAGAAAAAAAAGAGGAGAAGAAAAAAGUCGAAACUGAUGCGAAGGACAAGAAGGAAGAAGAGAAGGGGGAAGAAAAGUCGAAGGACGCAGGAGUCGAUAAGGCCAAAGCGGCAGAUGACAAAAAUAAGAAAGACGACAAAGAGGAGGAGAAGUCCAAAAGUGGGGAUGAGGAGAAGAAGGAAAAGAAGAAAAACGAGGAGGAAGAGAACAUCAAGCGAGAAAACUAA